AUUUCCUUUCCUUUGCCACUAAGUUUUUAUUUUGGGUAUCCUUUUGAUCGUUCCGGUCCCUCCCCUUCCUCUCACGUUGAGGGCGUGGGAUUCCAAACCUUGUCCUGACGCUGACGAGUUCUGUCUUCUGUGUACUCAGUCGGAGAAAUGGAUUGGAAUUUGAGGUUCCGGACCAAACCAAAGUCACCCCUUUUCAUUUUCAAUAAUAAUAACAACAACAGUCUGUAACCCAACUGCCCAAACUACCUCAUUAAUAUCAUAUUGUUUGUUGGGACUCCAUUUCCCUUCUUCUCCUCCUUUUCUGGUGCUUGAUGUGUUUCUGAACAACCCAAGUGCUGCUUCAUUAGCUCUGCAAACUUUUGGUGUUCCAGCAAACCAAUAUGGUCGAUUUGCCUUUCCCUCCUGGUCUUGUAUCCAUCAUGGACACUGUCAGCCCAACCUGGCUGACAACCAUCUUUUUUGGUAUCAUUAUGUGCAUAAUUGUUUAUAAAUUAACAGGUUUUCUUAGCCCCUUGUGCUUCAAAGGAUAUGACAAACUCAGCAAAGCAGAACAAAUUGAAUGGAACAACCGGGGUUUCUCUACAUUUCAUGCUCUUAUUGUUGCUUCAGCUUCUUUCUACCUCCUGCUGUUAUCAGGUCUUUUUGAUGAGGAUUCUCAAGAUGAGUUAAUCAUUAAUAGAAACUCAAUUGUAUCAAACUCUGUAUUGGGGAUCUCAGUUGGCUAUUUUCUGGCAGACUUGGCAAUGAUUCUUUGGAAUUUCCCAGCUUUGGGUGGGCUGGAGUAUGUCCUGCACCAUGGACUAUCGAUGUAUUCAAUGUUUCUCUCCCUCAUAAGUGGUCAAGGACAGAUUUACAUACUAAUGGUUCUCUUCUCUGAGGCCACAACUCCUUUUGUAAAUUUAAGAUGGUACUUGGAUGUUGCUGGUAAGAAGAGCUCUAAAAUGUACAUCUGCAAUGGAGUUUUAUUGUUCCUAGGGUGGUUGGUAGCAAGGAUUCUUCUGUUCAUCUGCUUAUUCACUCACAUGUUCAUCCACUUUGAUCAGGUGAAGAAAAUAUUUCCUUUGGGUUUCUAUAGCAUACUCUCAGCGGCACCUAUAAUGGCAGUGAUGAAUGUGGUUUGGUUUUGGAAGAUAGCAAAAGGUUUGAUUAAAACUCUUUCUAGAACAAAAAGACACAGUCAGUGAUUUUGUUCCAAUGGUGGCUUUGCACUUCAUAUUCUGUAUUAAAAGAUAGGAAUUAAUUUUGGAACAGCAAUUAUUGUGAAUGGUUAAUGCUGUGCUUUAGACAUAGUAAUUAUUGUUCUAGCAAAUGUACAUUUCAUUUGAUUCUUAA